UAUUAUUUAGCUUUUCGAAAAUUUACAAAGCAAUCAAUUAGUAAAAUUUCAUCAUCAGCAUUGCUUAAGUCAAUUUUUGCUGGUCAGGUAUGUGUAACUUAUGUCAUUAUUAAAAAUUUCUUACAACUUUAAUUAAGAAAUAUGAGUUAAAAAAAUGAGUUCAAACCAAACAAGUAUUAAACAUUAUGUCAAAAUUCUUAAACAAAAAUUUGAAUCUUUUUUUGUUUUUAACUUUAUACAUUAUUAUGGUAAUGUUUUUUCAGACUUUUUAAAAACAAAGUUCUACCAUUAUUUUAUUGUCUUAUAGCUAUACAGUUAUAGAUAUAUUAUUUAUAAAUCAGGUGCAAAAUCAAAAAGUAAGUUUUAUUUUAAAAUUUACCAAUAUUAAGUUAACUAUAUUGUGCUUUUUUUUUAAACUUUAUCAAAUAUUACCAUAUUGUGUAAUAAACAUAAGAAAACGAUUUUUAAUUUUUUUUUAAAAUAUUCAAAAAAUCAACUCAAUUUUAAAAUAACAGGGAACCUUAUGGACCAAGAUUUGAUGCAUUUGUUGUCAAAUGAUCAAAAAGACUAUAUAUUUUUGGCUUUACGCGAAUUCUCAGAUAAUCUUAAGCAUAGUGAUUUUACAUUUAAAGUCUUGGUCCCUGAAGCAAUAUUGUAUUUCUUUGCUGAAUUGGAAGGAAUUUCAAGAAAUAAAGCUGAAGUAUUGUUAAGCUCUUACUCUUCACAAAGGACUAAUGAGCUAGUGAAUAAAUUGCCUGAUGAAGAUGAUGCUUUUUCUGCAGAUAAAAAUCUGGUUGCAGGAAGCAAGGAACUUUUGAAUGGUAGUGCUGAUUUUAGUGAAAAUGAAAACAGUUCCAAUAAAGAAUCAUCACAAAUCGCCCAGCCUGUAUUGGAAAAGGAAGAAAAACAACCACAAUACUUUUAUAAUUUUAUUACAUAUUUGACCGAAAAUAUAUAUCCACCUGGUCUUGGAAAAAAUGAUAAGCGUACGUUUCGAAGUGUGGCAAAAAAGUAUUGUGUACAAGAUGGUAAGCUCAAGCGAAAAGUAACUGUGUGUGGUAAUUCUGUUUAUGCAGAUGUUAUUAUGGACACGGAGGAAAGACUAAAAAUUUUUACAUUGGAGCAUGACAGUCCUUUAGGAGGACAUAGUGGCCAAACAAAAACAAAAGCCAAAAUUAUGGAAAAGUAUUAUUGCCCUAAUAUCAGCGGAGAUAUUAUAAAAUGGGAAGAAGUUAUAGUUGAAGUUGAAAAAAAUAGGAACCACGUUGAAAAUUUAACAAAUCUAAUUUCUAAGAACAUCAAAGAUGCUCAAGUAAAACAAAAAAAAUAUUAUGAUGCUAGAGUCCAAAAAAAUUGUAAAGUAUCUGCUGACCCAAUUAUGGUAGGAGAUAAGGUUUUACUUCUGGACAUAAGAGGAAGAAGAAGCAAAGGGGCUGCAUUCAAGCCAAGAUUUAAAGGACCUUAUUAUGUAGCCCAUAUUACAAAAUGUGGGAAUUUUAAACUCAAUGAUUUGAAUAACAUUCCUUUAAAAAGCACUUACCAUAAAUUGCAUAUUAAAAAGUUCAUUGAAAGUUUGGAGAAAGUUUGGCUGGUUUUCAUAAUGACAUUAAUGCAAUUAUGAGAGAGUUGAAGCAAUAUUUUACAACCAGAUGUCCUUCCUGACAUUAACAUGAUCAGGUUGUACUGGACUACAUGUUACCAGUAGCAGGAUAACGUGACUUGACGUAAGGAUACCCUGACGUGACGGUCCAACAGUAUGAUACAUAUCGUCUUUAUAAACAUAGGUUGUACUAUUUAUCUGUUACCCCUGAGAGUUUGACUAAAACGGAAUUUUUUAAAAUAAUAGUUUUCCAAUAUAUUAGAAAAUGUAAAAUAAAGUCAAUAAUUUAAUUUCUAGAUAAUGUUUUAGAGAAUACUGUUACAGAACAUUGCAGCAAUGUUGAAAACAUUGAAGGUAUAUAUUGUUCUGUCAUAAAAUAUGAUAUAAAAGACUUUUUUUACAAUCAGAGGCCAGCAAGAUGUAUAAAUGGGUUUAUGACAUGCACCAGUAAUCAUCAAAAUACAGAUUAAAAGAAACUUCUUCCUCAACCCUACUUCUUUCUGGUCACAUUAAUUCUUUUCGAUAAAAUAAUUAUCAUUAUAAUAAUUAUCUUAUUGCUAUUUUAAUUGCUAAAAUCAAAUAUGUCUAUAAUAUGUAUAUAUGCUUCAUGUAUAUUUAUAGUGGUAACAGAUACAAAAAUAAGUUGUCUGAUCGAAGAUUUUAAAGGUGAUAUACUGAUGGAAUAUCUUUGUCAGAUUAAACCUAUUAAAGCUGUAAUGGGUAUCUAUUCCAGUUUGGGUGGUUGUAAGAUAUACGAUUACUCGCUACAUGAUGCUUUAAAUGGCUGUCUAAGCGAUGAAGUUGUUUACGUUUAUCUUAGACUUUAGGCAAGCGAUCAGAAAAAGUAUCGAAUCGAAGUAUUGGCGCCAGCUGGGUUACUUUCAUUAGAAGAGUUGCCACAUCCAACUGACUUGAUAAGAAGGAAACAUGUGAAUGAGCUCUUUAAGCAUAUUUUAAUAUGCUGUGUUGUUUUGAAUUUUCAUUGGACACUUACAAUUAUCAAACCACGUGAGAAAAUAAUCCUAUAUAUUAACCCUCUUGGUGAAACCAAAGCUUCUAUAUUAAAAGAAGAAAAAAAGUGGAAUAGUUACUUAAUGCAAAGAUACAGUGUUAUAGAGAAAUUCGAGUUAGUGACAUUACCACAUGCGUUACAAACUGACAAUAUAUCAUGUGGAGUCUUUUGUCUGAAGUUUGCUGAAAAUUAUAUAAAUGAAUCAGAGUUGGCGCUUAACUUUCCACUAGAAGAUGUUAUAGAGUUUAGAAAGAAAGUGGUGCAUUUACUUAUGGAAAGAGGAGGUCAGAGAAGAUGGCAAGAUAAACUUUGUCGAAUCUGUGGGAAUGAAAAAGGACCAAUACACAACAAAUUAAAAAGUCAGAUAAAUGG